UGUGCGCGCGGAGCCGAGAGAUGUCAUCCUCACUACACCUGUGCUGCCGCCUCCUGGACGGACGCGACUCCUUCGCAGCGACUCAACUCUAAGUGAACGGACGCUGUAUGAGCCCCGCUCAAAGCGAGGGAACCACACACACGGAGCGGGAUGGCGAGGACAGUGCAGCCGCACCUCGGCGCCCUUCUCCCCGCGGUGCUCUUACUAGCGGCCGCCGCGUCCGUCCUGGGGACCAGAGGCGGCGCGGCGCCCGACGACGAGAGGGCGACGAAGGAGAGCGACGCGGAGGCGCCGUGUGAGGUGAAGACCGUCACCGUGUCGACCCUGCCCGUGCUCCGGGAGAACGAGUUCAGCUUCACCGGCGGAGCCUCGGGGAGCGUGGCCGGAGGAGGGGGCGCCGCCGGAGCAGGUGGUGCCGCGGGCGGCGGAGUUGGAACUGGAGGAGGAGGUGCGGGCGCAUCGGGAGGAGGGGGGGAGUCCCGGCUCCUGUUAUUCGUUAGGACGGACCUACCUGGGCGAAUCUCCGUAAUGGAUGAUCUUGACAACACAGCUCUCCCCUACUUCACACUGGAGAUGUCGGGCACGGUCGAGGACAUUUCUCAGGUGCACUGGAAGCAGCAGUGGUUGGAGAAUGGGACGCUGUACUUCCACGUCUCCGUGACCGAGUCCGAGCUCGUGGAUCAGACGACGCACCCAACAGCCCAGGAGCCCGCCCACGUGCUCCAUGAACAUAUGCACCUGCUCCACAUCUCAGUGAUGGGAGGCCUGAUCGCGCUGCUGCUCCUGAUCCUCCUCUUCACCCUCGUGCUGUACACCCGCCACCGCUGGUGCAAGCGCCGCCGCAUCCCCCAGAAGAGCGCCAGCACCGAGGCCACUCACGAGAUCCACUACAUCCCCUCCGUCCUGCUCGGGCCGCAGGGCCGCGACAGCUACCGGGGCUCCCGGAGCGCCCACCAGCACGGCAGCUCCGUCAUCGGCAUGCCCAUCCGCGAGACCCCCAUCCUGGACGACUACGACUGCGACGAGGACGAGCAGGGAGGACACUCGCUGAACUCCACGCCGAACCAGCUCCACAACAAGCUGAGCGACGGGAAGCUGCAGGAGGACUACGGAGUGAACAUUGGCCUCGGGGGACACACAGACACCAUGUGCAAGGAGGACGGGUUCAAGCAUAAUUUUGACAAACGAGCCAUCGACCCAAACACCGAGUCAGUGGAGGAUUUGAUGCAGAGGUUCCAGGACAGUUUCCGUGUUCCCAACACGCCAACAGAUAUGUCCCACUACCAGCAUGUCAUGCACAGCUCGUCAACGGGCCGCCGGAGGGCCCCCAGCAACACCAGGGUAACCGGAGGCGUGUUUGGUCCUCAAGGGGAAUCGGGGUCUGAGCCUGAAGAUGACAGCCAGAUGAAGUUUUACACAGAGCAGCACAGAGGACGGAGACGCGGCAAAGGCAUCCCACACAGUCCUCUAAAUAAGGUCACCCUGACGUUGAUCACCAUCAGCACAUGUGUCAUCGCCAUUGUCUACGCUACGCAGGAUUCCUGCCCCCUCUCUGUCAAGGUUACCCUCCAUGUGCCGGAGCAUUUUGUUGCGGACGGAAGUAGUUUUGUGGUCAGUAUGGGAAGCUUCCUGGACGUUUCUAAUUGGCUGAACCCCGCCAAGCUGACGCUGUACUAUCAGACCAAUUCGUCCACACAGUGGGUGCAGGACUACUGUGGCCAGAGGACGACUGAGCCCUGCGAGCAGAUUUGUGACAAGGAAACAGGAGAAUGCAGCUGUCAUGAGGGUUACUCCCCCGAUCCCGUCCAUAAACACCUCUGCAUCCGCAGCGACUGGGGGCGUAACGAGGGUCCUUGGCCGUAUGCUAACUUGGAGACAGGCUAUGACCUAGUUACCGGAGAGCAGGCCCCGGAGAGGAUCUUCAGAUCGCUCUACAGUCUGGGCCAGGGCCUGUGGCUGCCAGUCAGCAAGAGCUUCGUGGUGCCACCGGUGGAGCUGUCCAUCAACCCCGUCGCCAGCUGCAAGACGGACGUGUUGGUUACCGAGGAUCCGGGGGAGGUCAGGGAAGAGGCUAUGAUGUCCACUUACUUUGAGACAGUCGACGACCUGCUGGCGUCUUUCGGGCCGGUGCGGGACUGCUCCAGGGAGAACGGUGGCUGCAAGAAGAACUUCAAGUGCAUCUCUGACCGACAGCUGGACUCAUCCGGGUGCAUGUGUCCUGAGGGGCUGAGGCCAAUGAAGGAUGGCUCGGGUUGCUAUGACUACUCCAUGGGCAUCGACUGCACCGAUGGCUUCAAUGGAGGCUGCGAACAGCUGUGUCUCCAGCAGCUCGUGGCCCUCGAAGAUGACCCCAGCUCCAGCAACGUGCUCAUGUUUUGCGGGUGUGUUCAGGAGUACAAACUGGCGGGGGAUGGUCGCUCCUGCCUCCUGCAGUCCGAAAACUGUGAGGGGCCGAGAUGCCCAAGGCAGGAUGUCCACUUCAAUGACACCCUGUUCGGUGAGAUGCUGCAUGGAUACAACAACAAAACCCAGCAGGUCAACCUGGGACAGAUAUUCCAGAUGACCUUCAGGGACAACAAUUUCAUUAAGGACUUUCCCCAGCUGGCCGAUGGCCUCAUGGUCAUCCCCUUACCUGUAGAGGAACAAUGUCGAGGGAUCUUGUCGGAGCCCCUGCCCAACCUGCAGCUCCUCUCAGGAGAUGCUCAAUUCAGUGAGGCGGUGGGCUACCCUAUGGUUCAACAGUGGAGAGUCCGCAGCAACCUGUACAAAGUCAAACUCAGCUCCAUCACCUUGUCCACAGGUUUUUCCAAAGUACUGAAGACUUUGUCGGCGGACAGCACACGUGAGGAGCUGCUGGCGUUUCUCCAGGAGUACGGCAGCCACUACGUGUCCGAGGCCCUGUACGGCUCCGAGCUCAGCUGCAGCAUCUACUUCCCCAGCAAGAAGGCCCAGCAGCAGCUCUGGCUGCAGUACCAGAAAGAGGCUACAGACCAAGGCGUUGGAGGAGGUGGGCGUCGAGAGCUGAAGUCGGUACCAUUCAUCAGCUACCUGUCUGCGCUGCAGAAGAGCCAGCUGUUGUCUGACGACAUGGUGAGUGGCGUGGAGAUCCGCUGUGAGGAGAAGGGAAGCUGUCCCAGUGGCUGCCACCUGUGCCAUCACCAGGCCGUGAUGGGAGGAGUGUCGGGGAGGGGCCGCGGUGGCAACAACAGGAGUGGGGAGCAGCCCUCCCCCGUCCCCGUGCUGCUGGAAGUCAGCCGGGUGGUGCCCCUCUACAGUCUUGUACAAGACAACGUCACCAAAGAGGCCUUCAAAGGCGCCACAAUGAGCUCAUACUGGUGUGCUGGAAAGGGCGAUGUCAUUGAUAACUGGUGUCGCUGUGACCUGAGUGCCUUCAGCAAAGAUGGCCUGCCUAACUGCAGUCCCCUCCGGCAGCCGAUUUUUCGCUUAGCCCCUUACCUGGAGCCCUCGAGCACCAUGGUGGCCCUGGAGUGGAUGGAUGUGGAGCCUCUGAUUGGCUGCAAGGUUUCUGACUACAUCAUCCAGCACAAACGAGUGGAGGAUCCCUCGGAGGCAGAGGUCUACACAGGUGAAGUCCUGAGCCUGAUGGACGACCUGUUCUCUGGUCUGGGCUCGGCCUGUGUCGUUGCCGGGAAGAGAAGCGGAGACCAUCCUCACUCCGUGCUAUAUUCAGUGGUCUUCAAGUGCCUGGAGCCCGACAGUCUCUACAAGUUUACUAUCUAUGCAGUGGACAGCCGAGGCAGUCACUCUGAAUCAAGCUUUGUCUCAGUGCGGACGUCCUGUCCGAUGGUGGAUGACAGCCGAGCUGAAGAGAUAGCCGACAAGGUGUACAACUUGUACAACGGCUACACCAGUGGCAAGGAGCAGCAGAUGGCCUACAACACGCUGAUGGAGGUCUCUGCUCCGCUGCUCUACCGAGUCCAGCACCACUACAAUUCUCACUACGAGAAGUUCGGAGACUUUGUGUGGCGGAGCGAGGAUGAGCUGGGCCCCAGAAAAGCCAACCUGAUCCUCCGCAGGGUGGAGAAGAUCAGCCACUACUGCCGGUCCCUCCUGCGCAGCACCCACAUCCAGAGCCGCACCGACACCAUGGCGUACGUCUACUGCCGGAGCGAGGAGGGCCGAGCCGCCAGCACCGCCUGGCAGGGCUCCUUACAUGAGAGUCGCAGCAACUGCAUGGAGAAGCUCAUCUCGGUACAGCGAAACACAUACAGCAGCACCAAACUCCGAUGAGGCCGGCGUCUGGAGACGAGCCGCGUGAUUUACUUUCCUUUUUCUUGCAAGAUGACAUCAUUGAUUGAUGCGUCGCUCCGCUCUGCAGCAGGUGUCUCUCAAGGGACUGGUGCUUUUGGAAAACCCAGGAGAGCCGGGGGGGGGGGAAGAACCUCAGAAUCCACUGGACAUUGUGUUGAAGCUACGGAAAAAACGUUCUGUGGCCUUCUUUUAUUAUAUAUAUCGUACAACAACAACAACAACAACAAAUCUGAUGCGAUCUUAUUUCUCAAAAUGCCAGUGAUUGCACAUAUCAAUGAGAAUCUGCAGUGUGGACAUGUAAAAUAUCAUCCGGCCAAGAGAAGCUGCUUGGCUCAAGUACUUUGAAUGUAAUAUUGUAGUUCCUUUUUUUCGGUGCUUUGAGGCUUACCUGGAACACUUAAGAGAGAAAAAAUAUACGGAGAAGUCAACAGCAUAACUUAUUUGCCUUUACUACCUUCAUUUUGAAAGGAGAAACUCAGCCGUGUUAAAGCCAUUUGGAAAUCACUUACUUGUUUUCGAGUUCUCGUCAAUUAACAAUUGGGGAAAAAAAGGAUCUUCGUGAGUUUCAUAUCGGCAAGUGAGGAGCUUUGUGGUUAGUCUUGUUUUGCAUCAACUGACAUAGCAAGGCUCUGCGUGGCAACAGGAUUGUUUGUCUGACAGUCCGUCGAAAUUAUGCAAAGACAGAGUUGAUGGCUUUGAACACGUCAUGCUCAUUCAUAUCCAGCGCUCAAAUCAAAAAAUCCUCUGUUGUCUGUCUUUUUUUUUUGGAACUACAGACAAAUAAAUACUAAUUUGUAGGAUUCCACAGAAUAAAAACCAGAACAAAAAAAGGGAAAUUAUUUGACCACAAUAAGGUCUUCAGAGUGAAGGGUUUCACUGCAAAACCCAUGUAAUGUGCUUUUAAUCUAAUAAUAAAUUACAACAUGCCAGUUAAAUCAGUUAUUGAGAAGUUGUGCAAAUGAAUAAUAGA